AUGAGCACGAGUCCCAUAGCUCAAAGUACAGGUCAAAGCUCUCGGAACCCUAAUCCUUCUCCUAUUCGUGAGACUGUACCCCGCUCUUCUUCUUCAUCAUCGAGAACAUCAGCUAUCAUUCUUGGAUCACCCUUGACAUCACCUGUUAAAGUCUCCAAAUUAGUAGAUAUCCUGGCCAGUGGACAACGCCCUCCAAAUUCUCGCCUACGCCAGACGAUGCAGAGCAUCGCAGUGGAGGAGGAUCAAGGUGACUCUGCUUCAACAACGGUCACUACUGGAGAAGAAACAGAAGUGGUAAGAGAGCUGGUCAGGUCACAAGAUGACGUCGAAAUGAACGGUGAUGAAGAACCGUUAGAAGGCGAUGACGAAUUUGAAGAUGCUGAGGAAGGUGAGGUGGAAGGAGAAGAAGGGGAAGGGGAUGUUGAGGGCGAGGGUGAGGGUGAGGGUUCAGGAAGUGAAGAGGAUGAAGAUGAAGAUGAAGACGAGGAGGAUGACGAGGAAGAUGACGAAGAUAGUGGUGAGGAAAGUGAAGAUCUUUCCGGUUCGCCCGAAAUUGUUGCUAUCGAUGGACCCAAUGGACCACCUCGACUGUCGCUUCCACCAAAUAUCAAAGCUGAACCAGGUACACCAGGAACAUCCACCGUCCCCGCUGACGCUGCUCUUCCUGCUAAUGGUACACCAGCUCUUGAAGGAGAAGAUGGGGAAACUAACGUCUUAAUACCCAAGAAGAAGAAACGUGCAAGGCCUCGCUCUCCUUCCGAAGACGAAGAUUUACCACCACCACCUCCACCAAUGAAAACUAUUAGACUCGAAAAAUCAAUGUUGGCAGAAGGAGAAACAUUAGAAUGGAACGUUCUGGAUGAAGCUAGAGAUAAGGGGAUGGUAGCUGAAAUCUGGGGCGUAGCUGAAGAUGUUGCGGAACCAAUCAAAGACGGUAUGGAAGAAGGUAUGGAAGUAGAUCCUUCCAUACCCAUAGAAGGAGAAAUAGCCGCUACCAACGGACAUACCCUGGAAGUCUCACAACCUAUAGCUGGACCUUCGUCUGGACCUCUAUAUGGCCUCGGACUGGGUGAUGAAGACCCGGAAGAAAUAGCAAGGAGGUUAGAAGAGAAAUACGGCGAUGAUAAUAAAAGCAAAAAGGCAAAGAAGAGGAAACAAGUAGACUAUGACCUUGAAGAUCCGUUCAUUGACGAUUCCGAAAUAUUGAUCGAUGCACCAACCCACUUCGCCAGGCCAAAGAAGGAAGGCUUCUUUGUACAUUCAGGGUCAUUGGAGCUCUUAGAACAAUCUCCUGUCAAAGCCAAACCUCGUACAACCAAAACCAAACCAAGAAGCUCUAUUCCCGCUCCUCCACCCAAAGAACCCCGAAAAUCACUCUCCGCUGCUCUUCGUUCACGCAAAAGAAGGGGACAAGCCUUCAGAGGUUCACAGAUGGAACCUAUCAGCAUAGACGACUCUGAUGGAGAACGGAAUAGUGCCGGAUCUUCGAGGGAUCGUCAAGCCAAUGGCUCCUUAUCCCCACCACCGCCUGAACUCGACCAGGACGCUGUAGCAGUCGUCGAUAUUCCCCCCGUCGCAAUCGAUAGGAUACUAUACAAGAAUGCUUCGAGAGACGAGAAGUAUCUUCCCCCGUGGCCAACGUUCCCUCCUGAAGUCCGACGUCGUCUCUUGGUACUCCGAGGUGAGAGUGAGAAACAUGAUUGGGGACCAAACCGGAAUCGCUUUCCGGAUCCUAUCAAACCAUACCUUCAAGCGGCUGGAGAAGCUGCGUACGAACAUGAUAUCUUUGGUUUGAGUGAUAGAGAUUGGGUCGAUAGGAGUUUCUGGCACGCCGUGACUAGUGCACUGCCGUAUAAUGAGUUCACUCUUAGGAAACUCUGCACCAAGUUAUGUUAUUCCGGAUAUUGGAAAUGGUUACAUGAUUCGGAAGAUGAAGGUAUUCGCCAAUUCACCGAGAUGGUCAAGAAGGACGAGGAAGAGGUGAUCAGUAAGUACGAUGAGCUACAUAAGAAAUGGGAGGAAGAGGUGAAAGAUUGGGACGAAAAACAUCCUUCUGCUCAGACCAACGGUCCGGGACCAUCGAAUCUUACAACGUCGCAGCCAAUGGCGAUCGAUGCUUUGUUAGACGGCAAUAACGGAACACCAAACCCUAAUUCAACACCUAAACCAGAUGAUAAUCGACCUGCCGAACCAGCAAAACGUUUCCCUUGGACAUCAGACAUGAGAGAGGUGUUUGUGCAGCUUAUCGAAAAUAUGUAUAACAUGGUUGAUUUAACUGUCAAAGCUAGCCCUCAAGAAUGGAACAUUCCUGGAGCUAAACAAGGCAAAGAAUGGUCAGAAAUCGCCGUCAAGCAAAAGCUUUACAAAAGACUUGUUGAGGCCUUCCCAGAAGGAUAUAUGAACACUGGUAUCAUCUCUCGAGAGAUGUCAAGGAUUAAUAAAGUAAAGAAAGCCAAACAGGCAGAUACUAUUGAAGAAACUUAG